ACAGGCAUGGCCAAAUGUUAAAAGAACAUUUGAAUUAUACCCGCCAGCAAGCACAUAUGAAUUGCAUACUAUAACAGAUUGCAUGCAUGUUGCAUCAGAAGCCGGUGAUUAUGCCUUUAAGAAGCAACCUACUCGUGCAACAUUUUUCGCCAAUGGUAAUAUAAACAGCAACAACAACGAGGACAGCGAAACUGCAGCAGCUCUUUUGCAACUAGAAGAUUCCCUACAAGUUUGUGGUCUCUAUGUGGUGGGUGAACCCGAUACCAUUGUGGAAAUAACCAUGAAACACUAUGAUGUUAAUUGUGAAAGUGGUGGUCUAAUGGCGUUUGUGGAUGGUUGGGAAUUAAAUGGUGAAUAUUUUCCCAGUAUAAAGGAUCAUCAUCGUUCAUUGGAUGAAAGAGUACAGGAGUUUUGCAACAAUUACAAACAAUGGUGGGUAGUAGAUUACCAUAAUUUUUUGGGUUAA